AUGCGCCGGUGCUACCUUGAGUGCGAGGACAUCUUCGGAGCUGGCGAGAGCCCUGUGCUGUCGGAGUUUCUAACGCUGUACGGGCGGGGUGGGGGGAAAAAGGUGCGGGUGCGCGGCGUGGACACUGAAGGACAUCCCGUUUCCCGCGUCUACAAACUGCACGAGCGACACCUGAAAGGGCAUGUGUACGGCAGCACGUACAAGGAGUGCGAGAAGCUGUGCACCAAGUUUGCACAGGAAUGUGUGACCAGGCUUAACUUCCGCCUCUCCGAUCUCAGGAAGCUGGCACCCACGAAGCUGUUCCGAGCUUCCAAGUGGCCGAAGCAACGGCAGCAGCGCGACAGGAAGGUCCGGGAGUACCUUCACGGAUGCAGUGCUAUUUUUGGCGACAAACUCCCGGGCUUCGACAUGACUGCUGCCGAGAGGGAGCUUCAGACGUGGGCGCCAAUCAUGGAGGCGCACCAUGAGGAUGAGGGCUUUUUCCAGGGUCUGCGCAACUUCAUGAACACAACCGAGGCCUCCAGGCGCCCUGCCAAGGCACCAGUUUUUGCAGCAGCUGAGAGGAAGCGCAAGGAGAAAGAGCUCUCUGAAGAUGAGGUGCAGGAGAAAGAGGACCGCGUGUGUGAGUGGGGGGAGGAGCAGGAUUCAGAUCAGGACGGUGAGGAGGGGUUUGCGGGUGCAGGCCAGGAGGAUGCCUCAGACAACCCGUUCCUUUCGGAGAACGAGGGAGAUGAAGCCGACGAUGGCGAUGACAGGAUCGAGAUGGCUAUUCCAGAGCUCUAG